AUGGAUGCAUGCUCCUAUGUGGUCAAUGCCUUGGCGUUUGUUUAUAUGGUGCGCCGCGUCACAGAGAACACGACACUUCACUUGGUGUUUGUAUGGACUACUUCAAGAAGCCGUUGGGCCGCUCAUUUCUUAACGACCAGCAUCAUCGACAUGAACACGUUUACCCAUGCCAAGCACGCCGCGGCGGACUUCCUGCAAGAGCUCAAGCUCGGUGCUAUGGAGGUGCUCCUAAACCAGCUUCAAACUCAGACGCAUCGACUGCUCCACGCUCUGCUGCAAGGGCCCGAGUCUUGGAGACUGCAACUCCAAGAGUUGGCCGGCGUGCAGAGCGUGCUGGACACUGUCGACAACACCGUUCAUGACGUCGACUCCAAGGCGAUCGUUGCCUCUUGCCUCUUGCCCGUGGCCACACCCAUCACAAAGCUAAUUGCUUCCGACCGCUCCGAGGUGGCGAAGAAGGCGUGCGGCGCGGUGGCACAGUUUGCCGAGAUGAGCGGAACGGCCUUCGCGCCGUUUGCCGACGUCGUGCUCCCGUCGCUGGUGAGCACUGCGCCUAACAAAGUCCAGGUGUUUCGUCAAGCUGGCAAAGACUGCCUCACGACGAUCUCCACCGUGUCGAAGUACGACAUGAAGAUCCUUGUGUCCCUGUGGCGACAAUCGCGGACCAGUACGUGA